AUGUUUCCUUUUAUUGAGCAUGUUUUUUUGGGAGAUUUACUUUCCAAGUCUUUGCAAACAAAGCCACAGAGGAUGGACACUUUGGGGCGGCCUUUGCCGUUGAUGUAUGGUGCGACCAAGAAACGUACACCAUUAGAUGUUUUCCUGGAAAAUGAGGGGAGCGGGGAGAAAGUUGAAGGUAGAGAGUUUGGGAAGUUAGAAACUGAUGGCUUAACAACGAAGAUUAAGAGUAAACCAGUGAAACCAAGGACCAAAAUACUUAUUGGUGACCCCUUACCCUUAGAUUAUAAUAGCUCUGAACCGAAUAGAAACGACGUAUUGGAACUGGAAAAAAAGAAAGAAGAAAUCAAUGAAGACAUACGGAAACGAAUCAAAUUGAGUGACAUUGGGGACCCCUUGCCAUUGAAAUAUGAAUCACUGGAGACCACCAGUACCACGAGCAAUGACUUUAAUCCUUCUCUAGCCAGUAUGGAUGACACCGGAAGUAGUUUUGAAGACAUGGAGAUGGUGUCCAGGCCAAAACGACGAUUAGUGAAGUACAAUAUUGGUGAUCCACUACCGUUACUGUACAAUCCCAAAGAGGAGGAUAACAUUGAAACUCAAGAGUACUUCCGGUGGAAGGAUUCUGCUACAGACAAGACAUUCUCAGAGUGGAAAUAUGGGGUCUCCCAGCGAGAACCGCCCAUCGAGCCGGUUGUGAUAGAUAACAACGAAUCUAAUAAUAAUAAUAAUGAUGACGAUGGUGGUAAUAACAACAAUAGUACUAAAAGCAACGACGGGAAUGAUGAUAAAGGUGACGUGUAUGAUAAUAACAACGGUAAUGAGAAAGGUGUUGAUGUGUGUGGUAGUACUAGUGGGAAUAAGGAAGCAAAAAAGGAAGAAAAACAGGAUAUAGUAAUGGAAGAAGAACCAGGAAAUGUGACCAGUCAGAUCGACAAAAGUAUAAAAGCAGACGAAUACGAUUCUAAUGAAGCAGACGAGAAGCACGACGGUGUUACAUCCAGUGAACAAGGGAAUUUGGAUGAAAUGAUCACUUUCAAUGAAAUCACACAGUUACUAGCCAACAAUUCCUAUGAUGUUCUAAGAAGCAAGUCACAAGAUGCCGACUUCCGCAUACAGUUGAUUCGAUAUUUGAAACAACUCGAGAAGCAGCAUGAUGUCCUCAAUGGGUUGCUACAAGGUGAAACUCAGACGGUUGAAAGACGCUACUGGAAUGGCCUGCUUAUCGGAUGCUUUGUUCUUGUCAUUCUCUGCACCGUUUCCUACUUUUUGGCCGAUUAG